AUGACUUCACUUGAGCAAAAAGGAGACAUCGCUAUUUAUGACGCUUUUAAUACUUAUAUGGAUAUAGACUUCUUGAGGCGUACUGUUAUAGAAGAGGACGUUGAAACUAAAGCCAUGUCAAAUUUGGAUUUUUUCCAACAUUAUAUCAAACCAGAGCCGGUGAAUUACAAAGAAGAUAAUUAUGACUCUAUGUGUGCUGUCUGUCCGAGCUCAUUAACUGAAAAUUCUGCUACUUCUACGCAAAAGGCUGGACAGCCUUCGAGGCCGCUAGUCAUUGCUACUAAAAAUUUUGAUACGGACAAUGUUAUAAAGCAAAACGAAAAUAAUAUAGAUCAGAAAAUGUCUUUGAAGGAAAGGCGAAAGCUGCGGAACAAGAUUUCAGCUAGAAACUUUCGAGCACGAAGGAAAGAAUACAUCCAACAUCUGGAAGCAACCGUGCAAGAACAACAGAAUGAGAUACUCCUACUCAAUCAGACACUGGCAUAUUUUAAAGAAAGUAACUCAAGAUUAACGCACGAAGUGGAACAACUACGUGAAGGCCAUUAA